AUGGCUAAACCCACAGCAAGCGGAGAGACAGGAACCGUCGAGAAACGCGACAACAAUGUCAACGCCACGAAUUCUCAGCAAGCUGCGUGGCUGUUGAAGGGAACAGGUCAGUCUAUCAAGGUGUUGCUACCAGACCAGUUCGAAGCUGGUGAGACUUCUGUGACAAGCAAAACGGGGUUCGAACUGCUCUGCACUUACAAUUGGGCACUUACCAAAGUCCCUUCAAUAUAUGUGCCUGGUGCACCUGCACAAUGGACGGAGCAAAAUUUGCCUAUCACUCUCCCUCGUGACACAGGAAGUCAUUUCAUUGACCAGAAUGCGUACCGAGUCCCACAGUUUCCUUUCGAGCCUCUCUUCCGCGCUUUACAGGUCAUGAAGCCUGAAUUCAGUCUAAAUGAUAUUGACCUCGUCACAAAUCGCAACAGUUUGCGUAAGCUCUUCGAUUUUGUCAAAGGCCGAGCGCGUGACAGCUUCCGUAUCGACCUUCAUAUGGUGCAAAAGACACUCUUUUUGACAAGGCGCGAGCGCAAUACACGUGAAAUCAUCUAUGGAUCACGAGAUUCUGGGUAUGGGCAUAAUUUUGAGCAUACUUUCUCGACUCCGGAACCUGGUAUCGAAGACAGUGCUAGCCACCAUCGUGUGAUCCGUUAUGCCCUUGGUGAUCUGAACUGCGUGGUCAGAUUUGAGGUCGAUGCUUGCUGCCCGAAGGUGGAAGGGCAAGGCUCCGAGUGCGAGAUCUUGUUACCUCCUCCAGCGUCUAGUGAUGACAUGCCAAGAUCAUUAGAGCACAUGUCUUUACAGGAGAACAAGAACACAUCGGCAGCAGGUAAGAGCAAGAGCGACCCUACUCAUGUCGUUCACCGUGGUCGCCUUGUACCGUCCUCUACUGUGGCAGAAAUCAAAGCACGUUCGAAAGGGUCACAGGUUCAGAAAGCCCUACCACAACUUUGGUUUGGUCGGACACCGCAUCUAAUUUGUGGAUUCCACAAAAAUGGUACAUUCGAUAAGAUUGAAACUAUUGACGUUUCGAAACAAUAUCAGGAUUGGGAGACACAGCAUCAAGAUUCUUUGAGGAGAAUGGUACAACUAAUUUCAUGCCUACGACGAAUCACAAUGGAGGAGAAGGCUAGUCGCUGUGUUGUUGUGUACAAACAUAAGGUUAAGCCACCGAGCUUAGAAGUCUUCGCCUCUUCGGUGAACAAUCAGGUCUUACCCAAGGGGAUCAUCUCGCAGUACUGGACGAAAAGCUAG